UUGGGCUCAAGCAUGAAGGGGGCCAAAGUCUGAAUAUAUAUGAAUGCAAAUCGUCACUCAUUCACAGAUAAGCCAAGCAAUCUCAACUGAGGAGCACAUCUCUGCAGGCUGAUUGCCAAGGUACAGAAUGAGCACAUGUUGUUGGUGUACGCCAGGUGGUAUUUCCACCAUUGACUUCCUCAAGUGCUAUGCAUCCAAGACCCUAACCAGUGAAUUCCAGACAGCUGAUGAAGACCUCUGCUACUGCUUAGAAUGUGUAGCUGAAUACCACAAAGCAAGAGAUGAAUUGCCAUUCUUGCAUAAGGUCUUAUGGGAAUUAGAAACUUUACGUCUCAUAAAUCACUUUGAAAAAUCCAUGAAGGCAGAAAUUGGAGAUUAUGUUGACUUGUAUAUAGUAGACAAUGGAGAGGCACAGCCGUUGGACUUCACUGGCCAAGACUUUGAAAAUAAACUUCGAGUUCCUCUACUGGAAAUAUUGAAAUAUCCUUAUCUGCUUCUACAUGAGCGUGUUAAUGAAUUAUGUGUUGAAGCACUUUGUCAAAUGGAACAAGCCAAUUGCUCCUUUCAGGUUUUUGACAAACAUCCAGGGAUCUAUUUAUUUUUGGUCCAUCCCAAUGAAACGGUUCGGCGCUGGGCUAUCCUGACUGCAAGAAACUUGGGAAAAGUGGACAGAGAUGAUUAUUAUGACUUACAGGAGGUUUUAACUUGCCUCUUCAAAGUCAUAGAGUUGGGGCUUUUAGAAAAUCCAGACAUCUAUACUUCUUCUGUUCUCGAAAAGGGUAAACUGAUUCUUCUGCCUUCACACAUGUAUGAUACAACCAACUACAAAAACUAUUGGUUAGGUAUUUGCAUGUUGCUGACCAUUCUUGAAGAGCAAGCCAUGGACUCACUGUUAUUGGGCUCAGACAAGCAAAAUGACUUUAUGCAGUCAAUCCUUCACACCAUGGAGAGGCAAUCAGAUGAUGAUAGUGUGGAUCCUUUCUGGCCAGCCUUACACUGUUUCAUGGUGAUCCUGGAUCGCCUUGGUUCUAAGGUUUGGGGUCAACUUAUUGAUCCUAUUGAGGCAUUUCAAACCAUUAUCAACAACGUGAGCUAUAAUAGGGAGAUCAAAAAUAUACGGAACAGCUCUAUAAGGACCAAGUUAGAACCGGAGUCAUAUUUGGAUGAUAUGGUGACUUGCAGCCAGAUUGUAUACAAUUAUAAUCCUGAAAAGGCCAAAAAGGAUUCAGGGUGGAGAUCAGCCAUUUGUCCAGAUUAUUGUCCUAAUAUGUAUGAAGAAAUGGAAACAUUAGCCAAUGUACUUCAGUCAGACAUUGGUCAAGACAUGCGUGUCCAUAACAGCACAUUUCUGUGGUUCAUACCUUUUGUUCAGUCCCUCAUGGAUCUUAAGGACUUGGGUGUGGCUUACAUAGUAGAGGUUAUUCAUCAUCUGUACUCUGAAGUUAAAGAUGUCCUCAACCAAACAGAUGCUGUAUGUGACAAAGUCACUGAAUUUUUUCUUCUAAUUUUGGUGUCAGUAAUUGAACUGCACAGAAAUAAAAAGUGUUUGCAUUUGCUGUGGGUUAGCUCCCAGCAGUGGGUGGAAGCUGUUGUAAAAUGUGCCAAGCUCCCUACCACUGCAUUUGCACGGAGUACAGAGAAAUCAUCUGGAAAUUGCUCCAAAGGAACAGCAAUGAUAUCAUCACUGUCAUUGCAUUCAAUGCCAUCUAACUCUGUACAGCUUGCUUGUGUGCAGCUUAUCAGGAGUCUGCUGAAAGAAGGGUACCAGCUUGGGCAACAGACUCUUUGUAAGCGGUUCUGGGAUAAGCUUAACUUAUUCCUUCGAGGAAAUUUGUCUCUAGGUUGGCAGUUGACUAGUCAGGAGACCCAUGAGUUACAAACGUGUUUAAAACAAAUUAUUAGAAACAUAAAAGUCAAAGUACCUCAGUGUAGCACUUUUGUGGAUCUGACUCCAUGUAAGACCCCACCUACAUCUUUUAAAGAAGAAAAUGAACAGAUAGAGAAGUCUAAGAAAGACAUGCUUUGUCUUGAAAAUUCCAGCCCAACAUUUUCUAAAGAACCAAUGAAAAUUGACACACAUCAAAUGCAAGAGAGCAUAAUGAUUAAAGCAAGUAGUACUGUGAAAGAAGACAGUAACGAGCAGAAUUACAUGAAGGACUUGAAUGUGGAAGACCAUCCCUCAGCUGAGUCACACUUACAGCAGUGUAGUAAAAGCCUGUUUGCUGAAAGAGCUCCAAACCAAGGUAAAGUGAGCAGAGGGGUACAGAAGUCUGUGAAGGAAAGCUCUCAUACGCCCCAGAGCUGUCCUUCAAGAAAUGGUCCAGACAAGGGCUGUGGCCGGGGAAUCAUCAAAUCAACACGUUCACUGACUGAUUCCUGCACUGAUUGUCUGGCAAAAGUAACCACAUCAAGUGAGGAUUUCUCUUUAAAGGAUGAUGCUCUUGGUAAAACCUCAAAACCAAAAUCUAAGGCACAGAAAGAUGAAAUCUGUGCAAAGUUAUCACAUGUUGUAAAGAAGCAACACAGGAAAAGUACUUCGAUCAGUGAUGCUAUCAGUUUAGGGGAAAAUCUGACUGCAUCUAAUAUGGAGACUUUCUAUUUAAGAAAAGAUGCAGGAGUUCAGAAAGGGGAUGGCUUCACACAUGACCCAUCUUUAAACCCUAAUGGUAUUCCAGAUGGUGAAAAUGGAGAACAAAAAUCUCAAAACAGUUUAUCACUGAAAAAGAAACACUUAAAGAGCGAAGAGUUGGAUAUGUUCUCUUACGGAAAUAAUUGCAAAGUACAGGAUUGUUAUGCUGAUGAUAAAGAUUUGGUUUCAUUUACAGAAAUUACCAAUACUUUGGUGAAGAAAACAUCUCCCUUUAAAGAUCCUGUGACUAUACUGAAAUCAAGAAAUAAGGAUAUGAAUAAGAGUGUGGGUCUGAUUUCCUCUAACUUGGUAAGAGAGCAGGCCCCUGGCAUCAGUCCUAAGUCUGAUACCUUAACAGAUUCUCAAGUGGAUAGAGACCUCCACAAAUUGUCUUUAAUAGCUCAAGCCAGUGUUAUUAAGUUUCCAUCAGAUUCAACUCUAAAAAGUACAUCCCAGCUGCAGAGAAGAGUAAAGGAUGAUAAAAGGUGUUUCACAGCUAACCAAAAUAAUGUUGUGGAUACCUGCCAUGGACAAAUUAUUGUUAUUUCAGAUUCUGAUGAUGAUGAUGAGACAAUUCUUGGGUUUGAAAAAUGCAUUGAACAGGGCAAAGUAUCUAUUGAGAAAGAAUCUCUGGCACAGCAUGAUUCAAUAAUUACUACUACUGUGGAAAAGAAACUUAUAAAGGAAGAAAAGACAAACUCCCUUUUGCACUUUGAGGAAUCUGAUUCUCAGUUUUUUGAGUUUGAAAGUCCAUCUGAAGUGUUUUCAGUUUGGGAAGAUCAUAAAGUGGACAAGCAUUCAGUUCAAGAGACUGAAAAAAGUUCCUGUGUGACUCAUGUAGCCGACAGCACCAAUAACUGGGGCUAUGGUACAGAGUAUGCAUCUGAAGAGGCGGUGUGCAGGGUCGUGGAGAGUGUCGAGGAGCACCCAGAGCCUCACAGCAGCAGUGCUUCCAUGGAGGAUCUUCGUGAAAUCCAAGUUAAAAAGCCUAAGAGGAAACGAUUUGAAAAACCUGUGUCUGAAGAUCCUCUCAGGCCUUCAUCUUCUGUCCGAAAUGAGGACCAUUCUGAUGUUCUUAAUGAGAGAGAGCUUACUGAAAAUGACUUAAAGAGUACAGACGUGAGGACUGUAACUCCCAGUUCAAGUGUUCAGAGGGCCACGGCGGUUUCAGUAAAAAAGUCUCCAAAGCUUCGGACUUACUCAAAACCCAUUAGGAGAGUCCCAGUUUCUAAAACUAAGAAAACACAUUCAGAUGCCAAAAAAGGGCAGAAUAAAAGUUCACAUUACCUAAGUUGUAGGACGACUCCUGCUGUAGUUCCACCAAAGAAAUUUCGCCAGUGUCCUGAACCAACUUCCACAGUUGAGAAGCUUGGUUUGAAGAAAGCUCCUCGGAAGGCCUUUGAGUUGUCCCAACGAUCUUUAGAGUAUUUAGUUCAGUUACGCGAUCAUGGCAAAACUGUCGGAGUAGUAGACACCCAAAAAAAGACCAAGUUAAUUUCUCCUCAGACUCUUUCUGUUAAAAAUAAUAAGAAACUGCUGACAAGUCAGGAUCUUCAUUCACCAAGGCAGGCACGACCUAAGUCACAGCAAAACAGACGAGAACUUUUUGGUUACGGAAGUGCGGAUGCUCCAAGGGCAGGGACACGUAGAACACAUAAUUCUGACAUACUUGUACCUGAGUCUGAGAGGUCAGAUUAUAAAAGCAGUGAUGCACUUGCCAGCGGUGAUGAAAAGCAGUUAAUAAAAGACUUUCCUUCAGAACCAGAGACCAAAACAGCAAAGUACACAUCUCAGGUAACUGAGGGUGCUUGUGUUUUGAACCAGUGUGAUUCUGGAGGGUUGAAUGGAAGACUGCCAGCCAACGAAGGAGUGAUCUCUACUUUAGAAACCCCUUUAGCUGGAGGUGAUCUUGCAGCACACCGUGUCGAGAUGGCAGCUCUGAAAGAAGUGGAUCCUGAGUCCAACAGCGAUGCAGAGGAUGACAACUUAUUUUUAACACAGCAUGAUCCUGAAGAUAUGGAUUUAUGUUCACAAAUGGAGUAUGGUAAUGAUAAGCUCAUUGAAUUGGUUCAUGGAAAAGAUACAGUUCAGGUAGAAGAAAAUUCUGUGAGUCGGCCUCAUUUGGAAUCUUUGAGUGUCACAAAGUGUAAGUUCAAAGAUGGUAUCGAAACCACGAAAAGCCAGGGUGAAUGCUGCUCAGGACCCUCUGAAAUCAAAGCAGAUGAAGAUGUGUUUCGGAAGCCUGGCUUGCCUCUUUCUGCAGCCAAACCUUUAAGACCUUCUACCACCAAGGUUUUUAGUUCAAAGAGUACUUCACGCAUUGCCAAUCUUUCCAAGUCUUUGGAAAAUACUUCACUUCCAUCAGCUCUAAAAAAUAAAUCAAAUGGAGUACAGUCUAUUUUGAAAGUACCACAGCCUGCUUCCCUGGUACCUCAGAAGCCAGCAGGUGAUGGGAAUAAUUUGUGCAAUGUGCUUCAUUCUCAGGCUCCAAAUAAUUCCAGCAAGCAAGGCUACAAGCUUCCAUUUGGUGAAAGCAAAUCUUUUUCAGUUUCUUCUCCAGUAAAUAUUCUCUUGUCAUCACAGUCUAUCUCCGACACCUUUGUUAAAGAGGUCUUAAAAUGGAAAUAUGAAAUGUUUUUGAACUUUGAUCAGUGUGGGCCCCCAGCAAGUCUUUGUCAGUCCAUCUCAAGACCUGUGCCUGUCCGAUUUCAAGAUUGUGGAGAGUAUUUUAAUGUUUUUUUACCUUUGAUGAUAUUGAAUACUUUUGAAACAGUGGCACAGGAAUGGAUCAGCUCUCCAAAUAAAGAAAAUUUCUAUCAGUUGCAUUUACGAAAAUUUCCAGCUGAUUAUAAGAAAAACUGGGAAUUUGUGGUUUAUCUGGAAGAAUGUGAACUGGCUAAACAGCUUCAUCCAAAGGAAAAUGAUUUGGUGUUUUUGGUUCCUGAGAGACUAAAUGGAGAGAAAAAAGAUACAGAGAGAAACCGCUUGUAUGAUCUCCAGGAAUAUCACUGUGGUUAUGUCCAUAAAUUCCGCCGCACUUCAGUUGUGCGUAACGGGAAAUCGGAGUGUUCCCUUUGCAUCCAGACUCAAGAUAACCUGCCAGCCAACCUGAAUGACCUUAUGAAAUGCAUUGUAAUCAGUUCUCUGGUAACUACACAAAGGAAGUUGAAAGCCAUGUCUCUGCUGAGUGGUCGGAACCAACUAGCCAGAGCCAUUCUGUCUCCAAACCCUAUGGACUUUUGUACUACAGAUUUACCAACUAUGACGUCUGAGAGAAUUAUUGCCUACUUAAGAGAUUUCAAUGAAGACCAAAAGAAAGCAAUAGAAACUGCAUAUGCCAUGGUGAAACAGUCACCAUCAGUUGCCAAAAUCUGUCUGAUUCAUGGGCCACCUGGCACAGGAAAAUCAAAAACUAUUGUUGGCCUCCUUUACCGAUUAUUGACAGAGAACCAGAGGAAGGGGCAUUCAGAUGAAAACUCCAAUGCCAAAAUCAAACAGAACCGUGUACUUGUGUGUGCACCUUCUAAUGCAGCUGUUGAUGAGCUCAUGAAAAAGAUCAUCCUCGAGUUCAAAGAAAAAUGCAAAGACAAGAAGAAUCCUUUGGGAAACUGUGGUGAUAUUAAUUUAGUACGACUGGGUCCAGAAAAGUCUAUUAACAAUGAGGUCCUGAAAUUCAGUCUGGACAGCCAAGUCAACCACAGAAUGAAAAAAGAGUUACCUUCUCAUGUUCAGGAGAUGCAUAGAAGAAAAGAGUAUCUAGAUCAUCAGCUUGAUGAGCUUUCACGCCAGCGAGCUCUGUGCCGAGGAGGACGGGAAAUACAGAGGCAAGAAUUAGAUGAAAAAAUUGCCAGAGUUUCAAAAGAAAGGCAAGAACUUGCUUCUAAAAUUAAAGAGGUUCAAGGUCGCCCACAAAAAACACAGAGCAUCAUCAUUUUGGAGUCCCAUAUCAUCUGCUGCACUCUGAGCACAAGUGGUGGUUUGCUGCUGGAGUCUGCUUUUCGAGGGCAGGGGGGUGUCCCCUUCAGUUGUGUCAUCGUUGAUGAGGCCGGGCAGUCUUGUGAAGUGGAGACUCUCACACCGCUCAUUCACCGCUGCAAUAAGCUCAUCCUGGUGGGCGACCCCAAGCAGCUCCCUCCCACAGUCAUUUCCAUGAAAGCACAGGAGUAUGGCUAUGACCAGUCAAUGAUGGCUCGCUUCUACAAACUGCUGGAAGAGAAAGUAGAGCAGAACACGAUUGGCAGACUGCCGAUUUUACAGCUCACUAUUCAGUACAGGAUGCAUCCAGACAUAUGUCUCUUCCCUUCUAAUUAUGUUUAUAACAGAAGUUUGAAAACAAAUAGGCUGACUGAAACCAACCGGUGUUCAUCAGACUGGCCAUUCCAACCUUACCUUGUGUUUGACGUUGGAGACGGUUCAGAAAGACGGGAUAAUGACUCAUAUGUAAAUGUUCAAGAAAUAAAAUUGGUGAUGGAAAUAAUUAAACUUAUUAAAGACAAAAGAAGAGACGUCACUUUUCGAAACAUUGGCAUAAUAACCCAUUACAAGGCUCAGAAGACAAUGAUUCAGAAGGAUUUGGACAAAGAGUUUGAUCGGAAAGGACCAGCAGAAGUGGACACUGUGGAUGCCUUCCAGGGUCGUCAGAAGGACUGUGUCAUUGUUACAUGUGUCAGGGCAAAUGCCAUGCAGGGCUCAAUUGGAUUCCUGGCCAGUUUGCAGAGAUUGAAUGUCACCAUUACACGAGCUAAGUACAGCCUCUUCAUCCUCGGGCAUUUGAGGACUCUGAUGGAAAACCAGCAUUGGAAUCAUCUGAUUCAGGAUGCUCAGAAGCGUGGUGCCAUCAUUAAGACCUGCGACAAAAACUAUAGACAUGAUGCAAUGAAGAUUCUGAAACUUAAGCCUGUGCUACAGAGAAGUCUGACGCACCCACCUACCAUUGCCCCAGAGGUGUCCAGACCCCAAGGUGGCUUGCCCAGCAACAAGCUAGACAGUGAAUUUGCCAAGACAUCUUUUGCAUCUUCUUUAUACCACACACCCUCUGACUGCAGGGAAGUUGCUGUUACUGUGACCUCAAAGGACCCUGAAAGGCCUCCUCUUCAGGACCGACUUCGGGACCCACGACUGCUGAGGAGAUUGGGUGCUGAUGCCAAGGGAAAAUUCCUAAGAGAUCCACAACCCUUGAGCCCCCAGCAUCCUGGAGCAACAUCUCCCCUGGGAGAGCCAGGCUUUCCCGUAACUCACCAGGACCUUGGCAGUGCAUUGCCACUGUCUGCUGCUAAACUGCCCCUGCAGAGCAACCACACACCUCCCAUGCCGGGUGAGCCUCCAGCUGCGAGCUCGGAUGCUUCCACAAGUAAACGCAAAUGUGACCUGGAAGCAGGGCUCUGUCACAGGAGAGAGACCAGGGCUUUCAGUGAGGGGGAACAGGAGAAGCAUGGCUCUGUCUCAUAUCAUACGAAGAGGAGACUGGAGAAAGAGGAGAGCUAUUCCAAGAAGAGGAAGCUUUUAUAGCAAAGCCAGGUGCCUGCACUGCCAGCCACAGGCGGUAUCUUAAACUCAAGGUGACCAGCUAGUAGGACCAUCUGGACAAGACCGUCUCUUCCUGAAAGGAGUUUGUGCUGUGGGAAAACAUGGGCGUGCAUCCUAACAGCUGAGCCUUUGGUCAUCUUCAGUAAUUCCUGUCAGUUGCUAAAGCUUUCAGAGGGCGUUUGUGUGUCUGUGAUAAUGUCCUUGAAGUCAGAGACUCAAAAUGUUGAUCUCUUGUUCUACAGAAGAGGAGGUCAGACUGGAGUGGAUGUUGUAAAAGUUGAAAUGUAUAUUUGUAUAGCAAAUAACAAAAUCCUUUUAAAAUUUAA